GCGCACAUUGACAGGCUGUGCAACAUUUGGCUUCUGAUUCUGCGUGUGAAGCCAAUAAACAACCGUUAGGCUAUAACCAGCGAGCUGAACACAUUUAUCGCUAUGGUCCCGGUAAUAAACAACCGUUAGGCUAUAACCAGCGAGCUGAACACAUUUAUCGCUAUGGUCCCGGUAAUAAACAACCGUUAGGCUAUAACCAGCGAGCUGAACACAUUUAUCGCUAUGGUCCCGGUAAUAAACAACCGUUAGGCUAUAACCAGCGAGCUGAACACAUUUAUCGCUAUGGUCCCGGUAAUAAACAACCGUUAGGCUAUAACCAGCGAGCUGAACACAUUUAUCGCCAUGGUCCCGGUCACAACCUGUUUGUAUAGCCUUAGUCUACCACUUGAUCCACAUUCCGCAGUCACAACUUCUUUAGAGCACGCGACACAGUGGUCCCGGUAGUAAACAGACGUGAUUAAUACCUCUUCAACCGGUGGCUUCCGCGCGACCUACUCCCGGCUCCGUUACUUAGUAGUCUACGCCACACCGUGGGGUUAUAGAGUAGAAGGAUAUGCGUGGUUACAGGGUGUAAAAAUAGACCUCAGCUCUUACAUCAGUGGACGAUGUGUAUUAUUGGGUACUCGUCCUGUCCACGUAACAACAACCUACUGGGUGUUCUUCACCCACACGGUGCCCUGCACAGGGCAGUAGCCUAGGCGAUAACCGUAGCAUAGCAUUUUACUAUACUUCUCAAUGUAGGAAUCAUGAACAGCCUACAUAAGUUUGGAUAAUAAAUCCAGAUAGCAUCAGUAGAGUUCCGCCGCAUAAUGACCGAUUGUUGACCUUGGCACGGCGCGGUGACAUGGAAGGGACAAAUACGCACAUCGCUGCAUGGGCUGGAACUGCUGCUGGUUCCGCGUUGAGAGACACUGACACCGCCGGGGAAAUCGCCGGCUUCGGAUAAUUAUGCUGCUGCUGCAACUACAACCGAAGGCACCGGUCAACCAAAAGCUGUCAUCAGUUUGUGUUUGUUUGUCUCUGCACGUUGAGAAAUGUGGAAUGCUGCGUUCGGAAAUGGGUCAGAUUUGCGUAGUGGAGGAGGCGGCGGCUGCGGCGGCGGGUAUGUGCCAGCGCAGGACUGGGAAUUCGUUUCCUGCUCGCGUCUGGAAAGAGAAAGAGAGAGGGGCAGAGGGAAGAGUCGCAGCCCGUUCAGGACGUUCUCCUCCCCGCCAACAGUCACUCAGUUCUACGAACAGUCUCAUCCUGGAACGGUUGGAACAUCACUGGAGCUUCCUCGGGGACAAGUUCGGGCGCAAGAGCCAGGGACUCAUCACUCCCGCCUGAAAAAUAAGUUUGAACACUUAAAGAAACGCCACGGACAGGACAAGGAAGAAUGGAUACGAGAGAAGGAGAUACUUUUAAGACAAGUUGCUGAGAUACAAGGUGGGGAGAACAGAAGGAUUUUGUUGGAUCUGAAGACUGUAGUGGAGGAGGUGCAGCUAGAGGUGAAGAGAGAGGAGUCGAAGAGGUGCGAGCUACAGCUGCAGUACACUAAGGACAGAUGUGCCUGGGAACUGGAGAGAGCUGAGCUGAAAUGCAGAAUCGCACAGUUGGAGGCUAGAGGAGGUCCUGUCGUUGAGCUGGGGCUGAGAACUCAGAGUCCAGAGCCCAAGGGGAGUCCUCUACAGUGGGGGGACAGAGAGCAGCAGAGGAGGCUGCUGGUCGACACCCACACGGCCGCCAUGGACCUGCGCUGUCGGCUGGAGCUCAGCGAGAAGGGCUGGGUCCGAGAGAAGUCUGAACUGAUGGAGAGAUUCAACUCUGAGAGGAAGGAGUGGGAGAGCCAGCUGGGAGACAUGCAGAGGAAAAUAGAGGAGAUGUACAAGGAGGUGAAGGUGAGGCGUGAGGUAUCUGGGGAGAUGAGAGAACCUGUCGGAGAGAUUACAGAGGAAGUCGCCCUGCAUGUCAGCGUACAUACCACCAGCACAGGAUCCAGCAUGCUUAGCGACAACUCGACUUCCGACCCCCAGAGCAGCAGCAGCCAAUCAGAGCCCAUCGACCAACGCGGCUCCUACCCCCGUCGUCACGGCAACGACGACUUCGCCGCCCACAGAAACCGGGCGGAUCACCGUGGCGACAGAGGAAACCCCUGUAACUAUGACGACUGUGUCGGUAACCAGGAAGUGGACAUGGCGGAACUGGAAGCCAUCCUGCGAGGGGUUGACAGAGACUCUCCCUCUAAAGGGGGUGUGGUUAAUGUCCGUCGCUCCUCCCACGGUGGAUCUAGUGUAGGAGUGACCCACAACACAGAGAUGAGCUCCGGGACAUGGAGUGACAAGAUGGAGAAUACUACAGCCCUCAAUGCCGCCCUGAAGGAGAUAGCCUGUGUGAGUGAAGAGCUGUGUAGCUACCAGGAUGAGAUCAGCAGGAAGUCCGGAGGGGACAAGAGGGGUCGAACCGAGUCCUCGUAUUUCCCCGAGGUGGAUCAUGUUACGACCAGAGAGAGAAUGGAGGACCCUGCCUUCAACCUGACGCAGCUGGUAGCUGACCUCAGGGCCCUGGAAGAGGAGAACUGGCUGUCCAUCAGGAAGGACCCCACCAGGGGCCCCAGUCAAUUCAAGGACCCCGACAGGGGCCCCAGUCACCUCAAGGAGCCCACCAGGGGCCCCAGUCACCUCAAGGAGCCCACCAGGGGCCCCAGUCACCUCAAGGACCCCGCCAGGGGCCCCAGUCACCUCAAGGACCCCACCAGGGGCCCCAGUCUCCUCAAGGACCCCACAUCCAAGCCCUCUGAGAGGGAGAGAGAAGCACCUCCGCUCCCCCCUCUGCUGGUUCCUCCUCCUAUCCCUCCUCGGACAACAUCAUGGUACCUCGCCAGCCCCUCCCCUGAACUACAACUACACGUCCCAGAAUCCCUCAGUGGCUCAGGCAGGAAGUGCCACAGCCCCUGUCUCCUGUUAGACAGGAAGUGCAGCAGCAGCCCAUCGAUAGUGAGGAAGUUCGAGGCGAUGCUGCAGGAGAACGAGGGGAAAGUUCUGACGAAGGCGGGGUUUACCACCUGCGCUGUUCCCGUUAACUCCCAUUGCAACGUGGGCUGUUGCCACAACCGCUGGUCCUUCGGCAGCAGCAAGUCGUCCACCUACGUGCCUGUCCAGAAGAGCCUGUCUGAAGUCAACAUAGUGAGUGCUGCUGGGAAGGACUUGAUCCACGACUACAGGCCCGUUGAGAAACCUAGAAGUCCUAGAAGCCCUGAGAGAGAGAGUCAUGUACAACCUGGAAACAAAGACCUAGCAGUUUCACACAUCUGUCUUGACCUUACCUUAGAGUUACCCCCUCCAGGCUCCAACCCUCCAGGCUCCAACCCUCCAGGCUCCAACCCUCCAGACUCCAACCCUCCAGACUCCAACCCUCCAGACUCCAACCCUCCAGGCUCCAACCCUCCAGGCUCCAACCCUCCAGGCCACAGUAGGAAUAUGAUGCUGGAACAGGCCACUGCUGAGUUUAACAGGACUCUCUUCCAGGCUGAGAUGGGUCGAGGGAUGGAGGACGAUGAUGUAGAGGACAGUUUUACAUCAGCGGGUGUCUCUAAAAGGGGCGUACCAGACGGUACGACGGUAUGUGGCGAGGUCACACACGGGGUCACCAGGGAGACGAACUUUGACCUCCCGCCACGGCACGCCACAGAGGUCAGACAGAAGGAGGUGAUCUGUGACAUCACAGCUCAGAAGCUGAGUUCAGGGAUCAAACUGAGCCAGGCCCUGCCCCCAUCUGACCCUCAUCCAGGGGUCACCGUCAGGACCUUUGACCCCCCUGCCACCUCUGACCUUUCACCCCAACGCCCAGAAGUUGCGUUUAGGAACAUGCCUUCUAACCCGGCAACACGCUGCCCUGAGGUCAAACACAAAGCUGGACCCCCCAACAGCCUAUCUAAGCCCUCAUCCAGGGGUCACCGUCAGGACCUUGGACCCCCCUGCCCUCUGACCUUUCACCCCAACAGCCUAUCUAAGCCCACACUGCACAGGUCCAUCUCUAGUGAAUACAAGCAGCCUGCCCAGACUACACACACGGCUCCAGGACCAGAGGUGAGUGCCAGUCCGAAGAGGGACAUCAAGGCCCAAGGAGCGAGGCCUCAUUCCGUUAAGUCAUGCCCAGCGCCCCAGCCUCCUACAAACCUCAGGCCGAGGCAGGUGGGGCAACCUGGGAGUCGCCCAACCACAACGCAGGACAUCCUUAAAGCUGGAUCUGGGGGGUCAGGACUCCAUGUGCCUGGGGGGUCAGGACUCCAUGUGCCUGGGGGGUCAGGACUCCAUGUGCCUGUGGGGUCAGGACUCCGUGGUGUAAUGAGCGACCAGCCCUGGAAGCCCCUGACUCUGGCUGCGUUACGUCCAUCUGACUCCAGGUCUAAUUACGGAGCUGUGGAGAGGAUCCUGAAGAGCUACGAGAACACUGCCUGGAGCCAGCGGUACCAGAACCAUACCCAACCCACUGAGUCCAGCCCUAACGCUGGACCCAGCCUCAGCCCUGACCCUGGUCCCAACCUCAGCCCUAACCCUGGUCUCAGCCCCAGUCCUAACCCUGGUCUCAGCCCCAGUCCUAACCCUGGUCUCAGCCCCAGUCCUAACCCUGGUCUCAGUCCUAACUCUGGUCUCAGCCCCAGUCCUAACCCUGGUCCCAGCCCCAGUCCUAACCCUGGUCCCAGCCCCAGUCCUAACCCUGGUCUCAGCCCCAGUCCUAACCCUGGUCUCAGCCCCAGUCCUAACCCUGGUCUCAGCCCCAGUCCUAACCCUGGUCUCAGCCCCAGUCCUAACCCUGGUCUCAGCCCCAGUCCUAACCCUGGUCCCAGCCCCAGACAGGAAGAGGAACUCAUGGAUCUUCUGGAGGAGAUGAUGGAUAAGGAUUACUGGGAUCAGUCAGGCCCUGCCUCUGGACACUCCUCCCACACACACUCUCACCACAGCCAGCUGACCAGCUCCCACAGAGAGACGAGGCUAACCAUGCAGGUGGGUACAGUGUUAAAACACAUGAAUACACACACACACACACACACACACACACACACACACUCUCACCACAGCCAGCUGACCAGCUCCCACAGAGAGACGAGGCUAACCAUGCAGGUGGGUACAGUGUUAAAACGCAUGAAUACACACACACACACACACACACACACACACACACACACACACACACUCACUCUCACCACAGCCAGCUGACCAGCUCCCACAGAGAGACGAGGCUAACCAUGCAGGAGUGUAAAGUAUCUUCCAGCUCCUCAUCAGUCCAGAAGAAUUUCUCUCGUCCGGCCUGUCCAGCCAACCGCCGGCCCCCGUCACGC